AGCGCAGCCCAAGAGGCGCUCCGGAGCAGUCGCUGGCUCUCUUCCGUCCCCAGGACGCACGGCGUGACUGGUGAUCUGUCAUUCCGCGGACCCUGUGAUGAUUGCGGCUACAGCGCUCACGUACCGCGUAUUAUUAACCGAGCUGGAGUAUGGUUUUAGGACCGUCUCAUUCUGCCGGUCAUAAAGAGAAGCUUGACGUCAGAGUGCGAUAUUCGGUCUCCUGCAUAUUUCCUUUGAAAUAAUCUCCGGACUGCAGCUAAGAUGUCGCUUGUGUGUUUGGCUUUGCCGGUGCUCGCCACCAUUCUCUCCGCCUGGCAGGUGAGUGCAGAUGAGGAUUGCCUCUGGUAUGUGGACAAGAAUGGCACCUGGCACAAUGGCUUCGACUGCCCGCACCUGGCCUUCUGCUGCGGGAACUGCCAGCAUCGCUACUGCUGCCUGGAUCACAGCAAGAUCAUCCUGGAGAAGGAGCAGAAGCGCUGCAUGCUCUUCCAGUUCAGCCCUACCACCAUAGCGGGCAUCGCCUCCUCCAUCCUGCUGUUUGUGGCCAUCAUCGCUACCAUGGUGUGCUGCUUCAUGUGCUCCUGCUGCUACCUGUACCAGCGCCGGCAGCAGCGGGGCGGGACGCCCUACGACGGCCAGCAGAUCCCGAUGGCCAGCUACCCGGUGGACCCCGCAUUCAACGCGUAUGGCAAACCGAUGGGGCCUGCUGACUACCAUAAUCCUGGGUACCCAAUGGCACCACAUUAUUACUCUGGCAUGCCCCAGCAGUAUCCCAUGAUGCCGCAGGGUCCUACCCCUCCAUACCCGCCGGCAGACCCGGGAGUCGGCCAUGCAGCUCCACCACCAUACUCGCCACCGCAAUACCCAGGCCAGUGACUCGGCAGGAGUUCCUGUGGUCAAGGCAGACGAGAGAGAAGAGACUGUGUGUGGGGGGGAGUGAGGGCUUCCCUGCCCUUCUCAGAAUUCUGCUUUCCUUCUCUUAUUUGUUAGCAAAAAGAAUAUUAAUAUGCCACUUGGUUUUUUUUCCCUCCUCAUGAGAAGGAGCGUGACUUGGGCUGAGCUCCUCUUGUACAGAACUGAAGUCAUUGCUGACAGAGCGAUCUGUCUGUCAGUCGUCUUGCCCCCCUCCCCCAAGUGUCGCUGAUGCCUAGAUCCGCACGUUGCUUUUUUUUCCCAGCUUAGCGUUGUACUGUAUAUGUCUUUCUGUUAAACAUUAACAUAAAGGGGGCUGUCAAAAAGUUUACGUGCUUGUUUUAACCUGAUUAUGUGCCCCAUUUAUGUGUCAUUGAUCUGAUCAUGAUAUGACUGAACAUCGCUGGAAAAGUACCCUGCUCUUCUUUUUGAAAGUGGGGGCUCCUUUGGUGGGAAUCAGGAAUGGAACCUCAGAUCCGUGGUGCAUGUUUAACGCUGUUACUGACUGGUGUGCUGUCUAUUUAUUUGACUAUGCUUUCAGAACAUGUUAGCUUGUCUUCCAUACUAGAAGCAAAUGAUAAUGGCUGUUAAUAUUUUAAACGAAGACAAGCUCAAAGUAAACCGCAGGUGUCAUACGGUUUGAAACCAGAAUAUAUUGAUAUGUUGAUAGAAAUAAGCAGAUGUAUUUAACUGCAGAUGUAUAUGUUGAUAUAAGUCCAAUACACUUAUGCACCUGGAUUUCACUGUAUUCUGAAUUUAUUCAACAGUAAUGUUGAUUUCAGAUCAACUGUUAAUGGUGUUUGGUACUUAAAAUCCAAUCUAAAAAGCUGACUGAUGGAAAUAAAUUUGUUUGUAUUUAUUUUAUCCCAUAUUGCUUACACAUUAAGCAUUGUAAAGAUGACUUUUAAUACUUGAUUAAUGAGGUGUUUCUUUAUACAUGUAUAUAAUCAUCACACACAGUUGAAACAAUGGGACUAGGAAUUUGUGUCUCUUUAUUUUUAAAUUGUAUUCUUGCCUUUGUUUUAUGACUAAUGUUAACUUGGAAUAUUGUUCUUUCACACAUAUGUUUAAUGUACUCUGAAUGCAUUUUGCAUGAAAGGCUUAACAUUAUAUAUGUAUUUUUGAUCUCACUGAGUUAAUUGCUUUGAAGUCCUUUGUGUUUUAUGAGGUUGAACCAGAAGGUCUAGGCUCACUGUCACGGUGUACAGAUGAAUUAUUCUCAACCCAGCGGACUUCCUGUUCUCCUCUCAGCUGCGGUUUUGAUUUUCACAGCCUUCAGUUUGAAACAACUGAAGACCCUGAGUAAUAGCAGUUAAUCACAGUUGAAAAUGGAGAUGUCUUGUAAUGUCUUGAACUGAAAUGUCUUAAUUAAAUAUAUACUGUCCACCCAC